GAAUACUUAUAGUGCUGUAAAAAUCAAAUUAUAUCCAAUGAAUAGGAUAAAUUACUAAUUUAUAUAAUUUUAAUUUUUGUUCAAAUUUUGUAUAAAAAAAUUUAAAAUAAUAUUAUUCUCAGUUCACUUAUACGAUAUCGACGACGGUGAAUAAUGAAUAUGGAUGAAUUGGAUUACGAGAAGAGUAAAAACUAUUGGUCCAAUAUCCCCGCUUCAGUAAAUGGUAUGCUCGGGGGGUUCUCCAGUUUGACGACUAAGGAUAUCAAGGAUUCUGAUCUCUUCCUCAGAAAAUUAUUUCAAAUGGAAAACGGUCCUUCCAAUAGCCGAGUGUUAGACUGUGGUGCUGGAAUUGGUAGAAUAACCAAAAACCUAUUGUGUAAACACUUUAAAUAUGUAGAUUUGCUGGAACAAGACGAGAAAUUUUUGGAGAAAGCAAAACUGAAUUGUUUAGGGUCUAAUGUAGAAAACUUUUAUUGUUCUGGAUUACAAGAAUUCACACCUACCGACAAUCAAAAAUAUGACAUCAUAUGGAUCCAGUGGGUUCUUGGUUAUAUUACAGAUGACGAUUUGAUUAAGUUCUUAAAUAAGUGUUGUAAAUUGUUAAAUACAAAUGGCGUUAUAGUUGUUAAAGAAAACAUUUCUCAAGAAGAAGAAGGAGAAAUAGAUUCAGAAGAUAGUUCAAUAACGAGAAGUUACAUACAGUUUUGUAUUAUAUUCCAAAAAGCAAAUUUAAUAUGUAAAGCAAAUAGAACACAAAAAAAUUUCCCAUCUGAACUCUACAGAGUUGAAAUGUUUGCAUUACAACCAGCUAAUGAAAAAUCAAAUUGUUGAUGAAUAUGUAUUAUAUUUAUGAUUCUUUAAAAAUAUAUUUUAAUUUAUCUUGUACA